GCGAAAAGAUCAUCCUAUUAUUUUGUCUUGUAUUAGGCCUAAUUAACAAAAAAGAAAUAAAGAAAGAAAAAAAAGAAAUCGGCUCUCAGACGGGAGCCGGCUCAUAGAGCCGAUUCAUUCGCGACCGACAGAUCACUAGUUUACAUCUUAGCCACAGAUGACGAGUACGGUUAUCACGGUUGCUCCAUGUACCUCGAUGAACACCAAGCAGCGAGCGGAAAGCUAACUGCUUCAUUGUUCUUUAAGCGGCGCUGUUCCAUCCAGUUCCUCCAUCGUGUUUCGUUCUGGUGCCUGCUAGCAAUUUCCAGAACAUUUACAAAUUCUCCUCCUCCCCUCCCCCUUCAGUUUCUGUAGGAAGUGACGGGGCGAUCACUCAGAGACAAGCUCAGGCAAAUAUACAGAGAAUUUCCGGAGACGCGCACCGUACGAAACACAACUAGAGGGGAAGGAGGAAAAAAAUAACAUAGCAGUUAUAGGAAAUUAAAGAGACCAGUUGAAGAAAGAAAGGGAGCUCUCGGCAGCUUGUGUGGAAGGUUCGACCCGCAUCACAGGCGUUAGGCUCAGAGGCUCCGCGGCACCAUGGUGGAGUACUACGAGAUCCUGGGAGUGCAGAGGAACGCAUCGCAGGAGGACAUUAAAAAAGCGUACAGAAAACUGGCACUGAAGUGGCAUCCAGACAAAAACCCAGACAACAAGGAGGAGGCAGAGAGGAAAUUCAAAGAACUUUCUGAAGCAUAUGAAGUUCUCUCAGAUGCCAACAAACGGGACACAUAUGAUAGAUACGGUAAAGAAGGCUUAACUGGAAACGGAGGUGGAGGACACUACCAUAACGGCGACUUUGGUGGCUUCACAUUCCGCAACCCAGAGGACGUCUUCAGGGAAUUCUUCGGGGGCCGAGACCCGUUCGCUGACUUCUUCGCAGACGACCCCUUCGACGACUUCUUUGGCGGCGGACGCAGGAGCCAGCGGGGCGUGAGCCGGAGUCGGACGGGCGGGUCCUUCUUUGGGGGGUUCGGAGGCUUCCCCCCAUUCGGAGCAGGGUUUUCGGGAUUUGAUUCAGGGUUCUCCUCCUUCGGACCAAUGGGCGGAGGAAACGUUACCUCUUUCUCUUCAUCGUCGUUCGGUGGAGGUGGGAUGGGAAACUUCCGGUCUGUGUCAACCUCCACCAAAUUCGUCAACGGCAGAAAAAUCACCACAAAAAGAAUCGUGGAGAAUGGCCAGGAGCGGGUAGAGGUGGAGGAAGACGGCCAAUUAAAAUCUCUAACGAUCAAUGGUGUGGCUGACGAGGACACUCUGGAGGAGGAGCGUCGGCGCCGGAGGCAGAACGCCCUCCCUAGCUCUGCCUCCGUGCCGCGCUACCUGAGGAGCACGCCUCAGCAUGCCCCCGAGGAAGAGGAAGAGCGUAGCCUGCAGGGCCUGGGCCUGAACAGAGGACACCUUGACACCAAGAGGAAGAAACCGUGGCAAAAGGAGGAGGCCAAAAAGAAAAAGACCCCCAGGCUGUCACACCGGACUGGAGUGUGGUUUUAGACACGGACGCCCCAAGCAGUGACGUCUGGAGACGGCUUUUAGCUAUCAGUCACCGCGCAGACAUCCCUGUGUCACUUGUUGCUCUUAUUGUCCCUGACACGCCAGUGUCUUCCUCUGUCGUUCAGAUUUUUUUGGUGCAGUCAUACCCAACCACCCCCCUUUGCAGUCAAAAUUACCCAAGGUCCCUCCACCCAACUGUGACUUUAAUGCAUUGUUAAAAAACUUCAAACCAACUUUCAUCUCACAAAGGUGGCUGUCAAUAGAGGCUGAUGUUGUUUGCCUUUACACUUGCAGUUGUUUGGAAUGUAACUGGGUGGCCUUCAAGAAUUCAGCUGAAAAAAGCAAAUCUGCUAUGUUUGCUGUUAAUUCUCACUUGAAAUUCAUUGCUUGUUUUUAUUUAUUUUUUUUUUCAAAAAAAAAAUUCAUUUGAAAUAUGUUUUGUUAAAACGCCUAUUUGUUGCAUUUUGGGUUUCAGGUCUACAUAUGUUUAAUAUUAGUGAAGUGAUGUAAGACAUGUUUGUAUUGUGUUUAGACAUGGAGGAACACAUGAAUGACAAAACAAAUGAUAAAAACUAUGUAAGCUGCACAUGAACUAUGAUCUUUCACUUUGAAACAUCGCCUACCAGUCAGAGAAUAUUUAUUUUUAUUGCAUAGUGAUGGGUUAUGAUAUGAAUAACCACAGGUCCUCUAAGACUUUAGGCACUGUAUAUUUCAAACCCAUUUUGAAAAGUGAUAGAAUCUGACCCUGUUUCUGAUAAUUUCCCCAAGAAAAGCGAAUGGUAGUAAUGCAGUGUUAUUGCCGCAGGGCACUUGCUGUGAUUUAGGUGUCUCUUAAAGAGUAGCCUGCAGGGCAUCUGGAAGUACCUGCUAGUCUUGUGAGGAUGGCUGUGGUGCUGUUUGAAUCUUUGACAUAAAUUGAUCACAAUGGGAGUGUGAUUGUUACCAUAAUUUGUCCCCAGUGAGCCCUGUCCCCUCCUUAAUUAAGUUUAAGACUUUUUUCGGGGCACGUAGAGGCCUAGGGGACAUUGCAACAACCCUGCUACCAUGAUCAAAAUGUACCUUGCAGCGACCUGUAUCCCGCUGACAGGGCUGUCUGUCAAACAGGCUCAGCCAAUGAGUGAUUGCUUGAGGGUACGGAAAGGGUUGGCCUUUGGACAGCUGUUGUUGGUGCACGUGAACUAACCAAGCUACAUGAUAAUGAUGAAUGCUAAGGAGACAGGUGUGCUUUUUAGGUCACCAAAGGUGGCCAGGUGGGACAGAGAAUGUUCACAGGCCAGAGGAAAGUUGAUAAGGGCAAGUAAAGUAAAACAAAGUGUGACUCCUAAUUUAUACAGGAAGUAAGAGAGAGCAGGCUGCCACUUAGCUGUCCCUUGCCCUAACAUAAGCUUGGUAUCAACAUUUCAAGUGUAAAUCAAUAUAUGUAUGCAAAAGAGUUUGAGCAUGAAGCUUUGGGCUUUAGCAAAAGGGACCUUUCUUCUGGUAACCUGACAAACGUUUUGAAUUCUCAAGGCUGGAUGUGGCUCUCCAGUGGAGAAGAGGAGUGUUUCGUUAUUGCUUAAUUAAGUUUAAUCAGUAGGAAUACAUUAAAUAUUACGCUGGGAGACAAUGGCUCUGUGUAAAACACACGCAAGUGUAUUGAUUUUCCACACUGAAUAAAAGAUCAUUUUGAUUGCACUGGAGAGAACUGCUUGGGCACUGUGUGGUGAAUUUCUAGACUCUUCAUGCAAAAUUACUUCCUUUUUCCUCUUUCUUCUCUCCUUGCAUUAACAUACUCUUUAAUAACUGCAUGAGUCUCAGCUCCACGUUCUCCUUCUCUGUCUUCCUUGUUUAACCCUUUGCAGCUUCAGCUGAGACGGGUGUCCUUUUUGAGCCAGACCUCAGCCUGUUUGUGCAUUGUUGUGUUUGCUAUCAUGUCAAAACCUUUGUAACAUGGCUGUAAUUUAUCUUCUUUUACUGUAGGAGAGGCUUUUCAUACCCAGGUAGGAUAGAUGGGAAUACUGUAAUCUUCAUU